UUUCGAGAAAAACCUGCACCCAGUCGUGGCGCAGCCUGUUUGCCUCGACUACGUCAACGAGCGGUAUUGUAUUGUAUGUGGCCAACUUCCUAAGCGGCAGCUAUGUAUGACUAUUGUCAGUCAGAGUCUCAGUCUCAGUCUCAGCCUCGACGCGGAGCAGCAACACUAUAUCAAACAGCGGCCGACAGUCAGCUUAGUAAUUUAUAUAUUUAUUUUUAUUUUAUCGUUCAUACUUCUUCUGCUAUAAGUAUAAUUUAAAUUCAAGUCACACACCUACAAAUUGUGAAAAGAUCUUGCAUACUGGUUUAGUCCGUUGUGUCACCUACAACAUUAAACAACCCAUAAAUUCAUCGAACGCUCGCUUGCUCACCUGCUUGUUUGCGAUAAGAUCCGUUAAGACGAACGGACGGACUGUGUGUUGAAAGUCGGAGAAAAAGUAGCUGAUAAUAAUAAUAAGCUAUAAUGAAGAUCCAGCUGAUCUUGUUGUUGGCCUGUGUAGCAUUGGUCGCUGGCAAAUUCGAGCUUCGCACCGCACAAGAUGCGCUCGCCGCACAUGAGGCGUGUCGUGACGAAUUCCGCAUACCCGAUGAUAUUUAUGAGAAAUAUUUGAAUUACGAAUUUCCACCACACAAACGUACAAACUGCUAUGUGAAGUGUUUUGUGGAGCGUAUGGGACUCUUCACCGAGGAGAAGGGUUUCGAUGAGAAGGCCAUUAUUGCACAGUUUACCGCAAAGAAUUCCAAAAAUUUGGCUAAAGUCUCACAUGGCUUGGAGAAGUGCCUCGAUCAUAAUGAACACGAUUCGGAUACUUGCACUUGGGCUAAUCGUGUGUUCUCCUGUUGGAUUUCUGUUAAUCGGCCGAUCGUGCGCAAAACCUACAUUGCGAAUUAAAUGUGACGAAAUGCAUAAGGGGUGUUUGCGGGAUUGUGAUUAAGUGAACUUUUUUUGAAGUUUUUUAUACUAAAUUUAUAUGUAUAUAGUUUUUGU